UGAGUUUGGGUCCAAACCCGCAAUCAUGGCGCAGGAAGGGGAAGAUGUAAGAGAUUACAAUUUGACUGAGGAGCAGAAGGCGAUCAAGGCCAAGUAUCCUCCAGUCAGUCGGAAGUACGAGUAUUUGGAUCAUACAGCCGAUGUCCAGUUACAUGCUUGGGGAGACACUCUGGAGGAAGCUUUUGAACAAUGUGCAAUGGCCAUGUUUGGUUACAUGACAGAUACUGGGACUGUGGAGCCCCUGCAAACAAUAGAAGUAGAAACCCAAGGCGAUGACUUACAGUCUCUUCUGUUUCACUUUCUGGAUGAGUGGCUUUAUAAAUUCAGUGCUGAUGAAUUCUUCAUACCCCGGGAAGUCAAAGUACUUAAUAUCGACCAAAGAAAUUUCAAAAUACGGUCAAUUGGGUGGGGAGAAGAAUUCUCAUUGUCCAAGCACCCUCAGGGAACUGAAGUCAAAGCAAUAACGUACUCAGCAAUGCAGGUCUAUAAUGAAGAGAAGCCAGAAGUUUUUGUGAUCAUUGACAUUUAAGAUAACAAAAAAAAGAGAGAGAGAGAUUCCUAUGAAGAACUGUUUUUUUCUCUUCCUUUUGACAAGAUACCAUGAUAUAAACUCUACAUGGAGAAUUUAUAUAUGGAGUUUUGCAGAACAGAAAUUUUUGACUUAAAGUGUGACUUUCAGAAAUGAAAAAUCAAGGUACAACCUUGGUCUUUGUUACCCAAAUAAUCAAAUUUUAAAUAAUUCUCUUAAGUGGCAAGCAUGGCUUCUCCUUCAUUAAUUCCCCUUUGUAGCAGCAGGUGCCUUACACCUUUCCAAUGGAAUGCACAAGUCCUCCAGCCUGGUCCCAAGGACGAUCAUUGAUGUAAGAGCAGCCUGAGAGACUCUGAAGCCCGUGUACUCUUACUGAAUGCACCUUGGAGCAAAUGUAAUUUGAGAAAUCCUACAACCAGUAUUUUGCUUUUUUUCCAAAGUAGUUAACACAUAUAUUUUCUAUAUGUACAUUAAAAGAGGUUGUGUUUUGGAUUGCUAUGGGACAGAGCCCAAUCCUGUACUCCAGUUGGUUUUCUUAGAUGAAAUAAUUAUAUUUGAACAAUUGGAAGGCUUUUCUAGAAACAGUCCUGAUUUACUUUCAGUUUUUUUUUAGCACUGAUAUACUGACACUUUUUCCCGUAACAUAAAACCUGAUGCAUAUACAAAUGGGCCCUUCUUUCUAACAUACAAUUUUAUAUUAAAGCCAGUAUAUUU